CUCGACCGUACGGUUGUCAUUUCGCGGCCCCGUUCCGUUUCACACGCGAUAAUAUUAUCUUAAUUCGUGGUUUCAAAAUUCUAAAUGAUACCACCCGUUCGUUGAUAACGAUCCCGCACUUCCGCAGCGGUCCGCUGGACAAUCAUGGCCAAAUAUAUCGUACAAAUAAUAAUCAUCGGGUCCCAGAUUGUCGGCAAGGCGUUGACCAAAGCAUUGAAGCAGGAAUAUGCUGCCAGCCAAGAGGCCUCCAGAAGGGCCGGUGGGGGACGUGCCGGUGCGGCUCAAGCUGCGGCUAAUGCCAAGGCCGGCAUAACGUUGGAAGAGGCCAAACAAAUUUUGAAUGUCAAAGACAUGACCCAAGAAGAAAUCCAAAAGAGAUAUGAAUAUUUAUUUAGCAUAAAUGAUAAAUCCAAAGGAGGUUCAUUUUAUUUGCAAUCAAAAAUAUACAGGGCUAAAGAACGACUUGACAAAGAAAUUACUAAUAAAAGUGAAAAAGCUUAGAUAAUGAAUGGUAGUUGAUAUUUAGAAAGUCACUUAUAUAAAAAAGACCAUUGUUCUCUGCUGUCUACUGAUGUUGCUAUGAAUAAUACUAUAUAAAUAGACAGUAAAAACUAUUAUUUGUAUAAUAUUUGUAAUGCAAACAAAAACAUUAAAUUGUAUUGUUGUUAUUCUUGUUGAUACUAUAACUUGUAUCAGAACUGUGUUGUAUCAUAUAGAUAUUAAUUUUUGUAU